AUGUCGAGCCAUUUGCAGGCACAGGCAAAUCAGCGCAAUCGAUUUUCUCGAGAAGGCUUCUCUCCCAUACGACCCGACGACGCGGAAAUGGCCACUCAUUAUGAUCCCCAUCCUCACGACGCGGCCAUUGACAUUCCGAUGCACGAUAUUCCCCUCCAGCAAGUCCGGACCAACGCCAGCAGUGGUGGGAAUGGCGGGCUGAGGACCACCGACAAGACGCCCGACUUCCACCCAUCAAGCAGCGGACCGGAUGAGAACGAAAAAAGUGCCUUCUUCCGAGGACGAAGAGCAAAGCCCAAUGCUCAGGCUGACAAGGGCAUUGGUCGGGUGGGAUAUGAUGGGGAAGAGGAUACCUUGACGACCAUGGGCAAGGUUUACAACAAAAUCUUUGGAUUCUCCAUUGUCACGCGAUACUUUCUAUAUGUGUUGCCGCUGGGAGCGCUCAUCGCCGUCCCCAUUAUCGUGGGAGCGACAGUCGGCGGGUCGAAGAACCCUCCCAAGAUUGGCGGGGUCCCCAUCGUCUGGCUCUUCUCUUGGGUGGAAAUCAUCUGGCUAAGCUUGUGGAUUUCCAAACUCAUCAGCCACUUUUUGCCAUUUCUCUUCCAGCUGGUUGUUGGUGUCGUCAGUUCAGGCGUUCGAAAGUACUCCACCGUCAUCCGCAAGCUAGAGAUCCCUCUCUCCCUGGUCGGUUGGGCGGUCACAUCUCUGGCAACUUUCAAGCCAUUAAUGACGAGGAACCCAUACAAUCGAUCUCGCCCUGGACCUGCGCCGGAUUGGGUCAACAUUGUGCAGAAAAUCCUAGGAGCCGCAGUCGUUUGCGCAUUGGUCUUCCUCGCGGAGAAGGCCAUUGUCAACCUCAUCCAAAUCAACUACCACCGAAAGCAAUUCAAUGCGAGAAUAAAGGACUCCAAGCGACAGGUCUACAUUCUUGGAUUGCUCUACGACGCCUCUCGCGCUCUCUUCCCAGCCUAUUGCCCGGAAUUCGCAGAAGAAGACUACAUCAUUGCUAAUCAGCUCCAACUGGCGACAUUGGGCGGGAAGAGAAAGCAGGGUCACAAAAAGACCGGCUCCAGCACGCCCAUGCGGCUGAUCCAAAACGUCAACCGCGUGGGUGAUAAGGUGACGUCUGCUUUCGGCAACAUCGCACACGAAAUCACCGGGCGCGAAGUGUUCAACCCCAACGCCGCGCACUCUAUCGUCGUCACGGCACUGGAGAAGAAGCGCACUUCCGAAGCUCUUGCUCGCCGUAUCUGGAUGUCAUUCGUUGUUGAGGGCCGAGAGUCUCUCCUUGAAGAGGAUAUCCUGGACGUCAUGGGUCCGCAGCGACAAGUCGAAGCCGAGGAGGCAUAUUGGGCGCUUGAUCGAGAUGGCAACGGAGACGUCUCCCUCGAAGAAAUGAUCAUGACCGUCACCGAAUGGAGUCGUGAGCGCAAGGCCAUUGCAAAUAGCAUGGUGGAUGUUGCUCAAGCUAUUAACGUCCUCGACCGCCUUCUCUGCACAAUCGUGAUGGUGGCUGUGGUCUUCAUCUUCAUCGCUUUCCUCAACGCCAAUUUCGUUACCACGCUGGCCACUGMUGGAACCGCUCUUCUUUCGCUGUCCUUUGUCUUCUCCACCACCGCACAGGAGUUUCUCGGAUCCUGCAUCUUCUUGUUCGUCAAGCACCCCUUCGACAUUGGCGAUCGUGUAGACAUAGGUGACAACUUCUUCACCGUGGAGCACAUUUCCCUCCUCUUCACCGUCUUUCGCCGCGCAUCUGGACCCAAAACUGGACAACUCUCGCAAUACCCAAACGUCGUGCUCAAUUCGCUGGCACUUGAUAAUGUUAGUCGCAGCAAAUCCAUGACCGAACAAAUUGUCCUAGAUGUCGCCUUUGAGACUUCCUUCGAGGACAUCCAAAUCUUGAAGUCUCAGAUCCACAACUUCGUCUCGGACAAGGACAACAAUCGCGAUUUCCUGCCCGAUCCUGAAGUGGAAGUCUUGGGCACGUCGGACAUGUCUAAGCUCCAACUCAAGGUCGAGAUCAAGCACAAGUCCAACUGGUCAAACGAGACUCUCCGCGCCGCCCGUCGCAGCAAAUUCAUGUGCGCACUGGUCUCGGCUCUGCGUGCAGUACCGAUAUAUCCGCCUGGCGGUGGUGUAGACGCUGCUGGAACUGCAGCAAACCCCAACUACGGCGUCACAAUCACCGACUCCGAGGCGAGAGAAGCUGCUCAGGCUGCUGCUUUGGAGAGGGAGAGUGCUCGACUCUUUCCACCUCGAAAGCCCAGCGAUGCGCCAGACGACCUCAAGCCUUCAAUGUCCAACAACAGUGCUAGCGGCAUGGCGGGCUUGAGCGCUCAAGAUGCUAAGAUCAUCAAUGAUCUCAAUGCUCGUGAUCCCGGUGCGAAUGCUGCGGUUCACGACGACGACAGUAGCACGCUCGGAGGUCUUCCCAGACCGAGUAUUGAUAAUCAAGAUAUCAGCGAUGUGCGGGACAUGCUUCGGAGAGCCAGCACGAGGGGCAAGCGCAGACCGGGGAACAGUGUCGAGUUGGAGAGAUUUCGAAGCGCAACCACUGCGCAACCACCUGGCGUUCCUACAAUAAACGAACCCGGCGAGCUGGACUACAUGGAAUACGGAUACACACAAUCCUAUCCUCAGGCAAGCUCGCAGACUUUUGGUGAUGAAGGAAGGUCGUAUCAGCCUACGGGUAGCCCUGUGAGAACUCCUAGUGCUGGCGUGAACUCGGGAUAUCAGCCUUCGGUCAGCGCUGUGGGGACUUCCAGUGCUAGCGUGGCCUCGGAAUACCAUCCAACUACGCAGAUGCCGACGCCGACUAUGCAGGGCGGUGGCGCUUUCCCAGUCCCUGUCAGUCGGUUGGCUGGGAAUCCGUACCGAGCUAGUAUUGUCGAGCAAGGACAGGAUGAGGAUGAGGAGAGGGGUGUGAGGCCGUUCACCGGCUUGUAA